UAAAUCAACAAAAGAAGUUAUUACGAAAAAGGUAGUGAUGUGCUGUGGAAGCACUUUUGGAAGCUUCCAAUUUUAUACCAUUGGGAAGCAUAGAAUUGGAAGCAUAGAAUGCACAUCACUGUUAAAAAGCUGA